GUUCAGUCUCUUUUGUAGGAAAAUGGUGAAGUUGUAGAAAAUGGCAGCUCUGGCAGUACUGUUGGAAAUAUGACAUUGUGCCCUAAAAUGUCUUUAGUUGUCAACCUUGAACUUGAUGCAAGGUGUCAGGGUCAGGAAAAACAGUUACAGAUUUUUACGUUUGAAAACUUUAAGAUCGGUCGUUAUAUAACAGCCAACAUUACUGACCCUGUUCUGUCUCUUCUGGAACACAACAGACCAUAUAUACAAGGUGGCAGACAGGGAUAUAGCAGAUACAGGGAAAAUGUGGAUAGAACAUCUGCACCAUGGAUGAUACCUGGAGAGAGACCCAACAGAAACAAGAAGACAGUGCAGUUUCCACACAGAUUGCCACAUUAUAACGUACCAGAAGAUCUCCGCCAACUUAGACUGACCCAGGAUGAUUUGCUGUAUUAUGCCCCAGUCCUAGCUGAGGAAUUGACAUUUAAAAACUACAGAGAGAAAUUCAAAAUGCUGCUGUACCUGGAGGAGAUACAGAUGGACAUUGAUAUCAGGGAAUUUGACCUGUACAGGGUUUGCCUCCGCCAUUUUGGUGAAUAUUUAGCUCUUGGUGUACCUGGGCUAGCUGAGGGACGACCUUCAGUACUAAUAGGGGACAAAGUAAUUCUCAGUGACCCCUCAGAUCCAGAUGGCCCCUGUUUUGAAGGAUAUGUACAUGAGAUUUUAAAAGAUGAAGUAUUGUUGAAGUUUUAUCCAGACUUUCAAAGAAUAUACACAGGAAAAGACUACAAUGUUCAGUUUACUUUCAAUAGAGGUCCAUUAAGAAAAUGUCACAGGGCCUCGGAGAGUGCUAGUGGUUUGGGAGAAAAUAUUCUUUUUCCAACAUCGCUUGUUCCGAAACCAGCACGCUGUAUGCUUAGACAGAAAGCCCAACCAAGCAGUCAAAGUUAUAAUGGAUUAAUUAAACAAGAGGCUCAAACAACCCAUUCACCUUUCUUCAACAAAUGUCUAAAUGCUCGGCAACGAGCUGCAGUGACAAGAAUUGUGCAGGGACAAGGGAGGCCACUCCCAUACAUACUAUUUGGACCUCCAGGUACAGGAAAGACAGUUACAGUGGUUGAAGCAAUUUUGCAGAUUUUUACCAAACUUUCAUACAGCAGAAUCAUUGCCUGUACUCCUUCUAACAGUGCUGCAGAUCUACUGGCACAGAGGUUACAUGAAAGUGGUUUAGUAAAGACUGGAGACCUUGUGAGGCUAAAUGCUCAACAGAGAUCAGAACAAGAUAUUCCAGACUGUAUACGACCAUAUUGUUCCCUAGGCGACAACAUAGACCUGGCAUCUAAAUAUAGAAUUCUAGUCAGUACGUGUGUUACUGCAGGAACACUAUACAGUCUGGGUAUAAAAGCAGGACACUUUACACACGUGUUUAUUGAUGAGGCAGGUCAAGCUACAGAACCAGAAGCCAUGAUUUCUUCAUGUCUUGUUUCACAUACAGACGGACAGAUAAUUCUUGCUGGUGACCCGCAGCAGCUUGGUCCAGUGCUGAUGUCAAAGUUCAGUAAGAUGUUUGGACUAGAGUUAUCUUUCCUUGAAAGACUGAUACACACACCAUUGUAUGAGAGAGAUGAACACAAGUUUGCCGAUCAUGGUGCUUAUGAUCCACUUCUGGUCACAAAAUUGGUUGACAAUUACAGAUCUCACAGAAACAUUCUAAGUCUACCAUCUAAACUGUUCUACCAUAAUGAGCUGAAGGAGCAAGCAGAUAGUGGUCUCACACACACAUUCUCUCAGUGGAAGGAGUUGCCGACUCAAGGAGUUCCUGUAAUAUUUCAUGGUGUCAGGGGUGAGGACCUAAGAGAAGGCAACAGUCCAUCAUGGUUUAAUGCCAUGGAAACAGUACAGGUAGUAAGGUACUUACAGAAUGUGCUUAAAGACGAUAGCAUACAGAUUACCUGUGAUGAUAUUGGAGUGAUUACACCUUAUAGGAAACAGGUUGAAAAGAUACGUCUGUUGGUAAAUAAACUCGGGAUGGAUGAGGUCAAGGUCGGGUCAGUGGAAGAGUUUCAAGGUCAAGAGAGACAAGUUAUCAUUAUAUCUACAGUCAGAUCAAAUGAAGAGAUGAUAGGUUUUGAUGAGAGGCAUACCAUAGGGUUUCUAAGUAACCCCAAACGAUUCAAUGUAGCAAUUACAAGGGCCCAGGCUCUUCUGAUUAUUAUUGGAAAUCCCUAUGUAUUAAUGCAGGACAUUUACUGGAAAUCUUUGAUAAAUUACUGUGUAGAAGUAGGGGCUUAUGUUGGCUGUGAUUUACCACCUACCUCACUCGAUCUGUGAUCUAAAUACCCAUCGUCAUGAUAGAAGAGACUGACAUAUCCCUGAACUAGCCGAGCUUGAUCAAGGAGGCUAACUUUGAAAAUGUGUUGGAAGGGAUUUAAUAAUAAGUAGGCUUACAAGUCUAAGUGAGAUGACAUUCUGUGCUAAACAGUGUCACUUCAUGAAAAAGGCUAGCUCGAGUCAGAAACAAACAUUAUAUUUGAAAUCCUGUUAAUAGAUCGGGCUAAGGGACCGGAGGAAAAAGCUCGGUUUUGCAGGGCUUGUGUUUAGGAAGAAUGAUUUUCAAUAGAAGAAAUCUAUUUCAGACCAAGGCAAUUGUUCAGCAUGGAGAGAUUUCUAGGAAUUCCUGUUUAGACAGGUUCCACAGUUUACUGUAAUAUCUGUUACUGAGAUGGUGUAGAUAGGAUAUUAUUUGUGUGAAUUUUAUUCCAUGAUUUUAUUAUUUAGAUAUCAUUCACAUUGCUUUUAUUUAUAUGAUUUUAUAGUCAAAAACAACAUUCAUGAUGUUGAGAAAUCAUGCUUUGUAGCUGGUACUACUUUCAAAAUUUGCAACUGUUGCCGAUUCUUCAAAAGAUUGACUGAAAAUACCUGUAAGCCAAAAAUAUGAAAUCUACAGUUGAGCAUUUGUGCCUAGUCUAAAGACUGUCAAGAUCUGAUCUCUUUUGAUGUAUAUUUAUAAUUAUUUUAUUUCAUAAUCAGAUAUUUGUUUUAUGUUUAAUGAAAAAAUUGAAUAAAUUUUAUUUUGAAUGAA